AUAGGAAGAAGUUACACGCCUACAUAAAUGCCCCGAACUGUUUCUAGCCUACACAAUCCUCCUCUUGAUAUUCUUGCUCCUCUUCCAUCCAUGGCGAGCUGGGCAGAAUUGCCGCACGAUCUCAUUCCUGUGAUCGCAAAGCGUAUUAAAGUGAUGGAAGAUUUCAUUGCUUUUGGUGCUGUUUGUACCUCAUGUCGAACUGCUGCCACUAAGGAUAAUUUUGAUUUGCUUUCUCCCCAACUUCCGUUGCUUAUGCUGGCUGAUAGAGAUGAUGAUUAUCGAGAAUUUUACUCUCUGUCCAAGGAAAAAGUUUCACGCAUAUUUCUCCCAGAAGCUAGAGGGCGAGAGUGUUUUCUAUCAGAGGGGUGGCUGUUUACCAUGUCAUGUAAUGGUGAGUUUAACUUGUUGCAUCCUUUCUCCCGUAACCAAAUUCAACUUCCUUCACGACAAGCCUUAAGUGAUUUUGAGGGUCUCGACGAAGUACCUAAAGGACAAAUCUAUCGCUGUAUAGACAAAGCUAUCUUAUCUGCCAAUCCUUCUCAUACAUCAGAUUAUGUACUGGUGAUUUCCUAUUUUAAUUUUAGUAACUGCUUGGCUUUUUGGCGACCUGGAGACCUCAACUGGACUAAUAUUGACACUAGAAAUUUCGGGGGCGCAGUCGCUACUAUGAAUUAUUAUAAGGGUCAAUUUUUUGCUGUCUUUUACACUGGUGAAGUUAGGGUUUUUGACGUUGCAGGGCCUAGUAUUGCUCAACCAAUUGUAAAGUCGCACUUUCUUGUACGGCUUAAAGAUAAGAUCUUUGAUGAAGCGUCAGUCCAGUUCUAUCUAGUUGAGUUGCAAGGUGCACUAUUACUUGUUACCCGGUUUGCCCAUCAUAAUGAAGAAGAAGAUGGUUAUGAUACUUUUAAAUUUAAACUAUCUGAACUAGAUGUAAUAAAACGUGAAUUGAGGGACAUCAACGACUUGGGAGAUUCAACAAUUUUUUUGGGCCGUAAUGGAGCAAGUUCUAUUGACUCUUCGAAGUUUAAAGGAGUCAAGCCUAAUCACAUAUAUUUUACUGAUGAUUGGGUUGAGGAAUUUAACUACGUGAAAGGUGGUGGUGGAAGGGAUAUGGGAGCUUACGAUCUUGAAGAUGGAAAAAUCGAAUCUUUUUAUCCUGGAUUAUCACUAAGUCGUAUUUGCCCGCCAACUUGGGUCAUACCGUCAUUCAGAUAAUGUUUAAAAUGUUAUUAACUUAGAGUUGGGAGGAUGAAGCAGGUUGGAUCCAGGCUUCAGUUGUAACACACACUUAUAUCUCACUCAGGAAGGACCAUUAUCUACCUAUAAAAUAUUUUGCUUGAUGGUGUUAUGGAGCCCGAGAUCAAAUGCUUGAUAUAGAUUGCAGAUAGAUGCCUCUAUUGAUGAGAUAACGGCCAUUUUAAGUUGCAUAAUGUGCCAUACUGAAUUGGCACAACUCUGCUUGCAUGACAUGUCAUGGGGAGGACGAUGGCUUUUUUAAUGAGUUGCAUGGAUUGAAUUGGCAAAAUCCUGAGUGCUGCAAAACUGUGAGUAAUACUAGGAAUAAAUUCUAGCUUUAUAAACAACCAUGUCUAUACUUCUGUUUUAUGUACUUAUGCUGUGCCAGUUAGACGGAUCAUUCUGCAUGCUUGUAUCUCACAUUUCACAUGAGCAUCUUAGUUAUGUACUCCUUUUAACUGCAAUUUUUGUUUUCUGGAAUGACGCGAAAUAUGCGCGGAAAGAUUCUUACCAGGAAGGAGGAGAGUUGCAGAAUUGAUUUUGAUCCUUGACUUGACUAACGUAAAGUGCUCUCACUGCCUAGAUUCUUAGUUGAUGAGGAUCUAUACUACCCUUGAUGGCUUGAAUACAAGAGAGAAAAUAGAAACGGGUGGGACGUAGGCUAGAUCUUCAUAUCUAGAAGUGUCCAGGUCAGCUUUUCGAUGAGGGAAAGCUCUCCACAUAUAGUGGUUUUUGAGAGGAGCCAGGACCUGAUGCAAGUUUUCUCUACUCUAGGGAAUCUAAGCAUGGCAAUGCUGUUCUAAAAACAAAUGUUAAUCUUUGUCAAGAUGUUUCCUUUUGAUUAGAAAAAGAAAAUGUCAACUUAUAUUUUUUAUUUUGAUGCUGAAAUGUACUAGUUAAUAGAAUGUACAUUCUCAAUCAUUAGAAAAGAAAAUGUUACAAGUACUUAUUUUCUUUCUUCCUCUUCUUGCCUUGUAUGUUGGCUUCCCUUUAAGUUUUACAUUUUCCUUGGCAGGUCAGGUUCUUAAUAGAUUUCCAUAGUGACCUUAUGCGUAACAGUUAUCUUCUUGAUUGCUGCACAGAAGGAAACUAACAUUUGGUGGGUGUUUUAACUUAUGUGCUGAAAAUCCUUGUGGUUCAUCAGGAUUUGUGGCCAAAAUUCUGGUGAUCAUCACAACAUGUCGCCGUGUUGGGAAAGGAUUCUUAGCAAAAGGCGUCACCUUUGAAAACUAUGCGGGACCAAGCAUGCACCAAGCAGUGGAUCUUCUGAGUAGCUCAGACUUAUCGGCUUUCGACCAAUGCAGCGUUCUCGCAUACCAAACCUGUUCAGUGCCCAAGGAAGAGAAAUCCAAAGCAGAAUACUGGGAUUUCAAUCCUGAACUGCAAAGUGGAAGCUGUUGUGGAUUUGAUUCCUGUACAAUCAUCGUUCAAGAGUUGUCUAGGACGUCCCUGGAAAGAAUAUUCGAGAACUGUCUUUCUUCAGUCGUACAUUGGCAGUUUAAUAGAGUCUGUUGUAUGGUUGGAAUGGAAUGGUGAUUUUGCAUUGAAGACACUUUAUGGUGAGUACAUGAACAGAGGACCAGGUUCAAAUACUAGUGUCAGAGUGAAGUGGCCUGCUGGUUAUUGAAUCACCAACAGUUCUGCCGAGGCCAGUCAAUUUACAGUUGGGAAUUUCAGUCAGGGUGGGGAAGGGCUACCACCUACGGGCUUUCCUUUUUUAUCUGACUUCCUCCUAAUAGUUUCUCUUACAAUUUUAUGGGUGCUAGCUACUAGAUUGUUUUCUACUGAACUGAUUAAUUCCCCGUUUGAGGAGUGUGAAAUCAAGCGGUAGCCUGUAUUCUUGGGGAAAUUCAUGUCAUUCGUAUUACUUAUUCACAGGAACAAUGAUCUGAAAUUUUGCAUAUUACUAUUCAUCACUUCAAUUGUUACGAACUCUACUCGAGAAUUGGCCCCGGAGAAGCAUGAAGAUCAACUCGGGCCUGCUCUAAAUUCAGAUGCAGUAACAAGGCUAGAUAAUGCAAUAAAAGAUUAGCAGAUUGUGAGUGGAAGCCUGGUUGAAACUACAAGUGUUUGUAGCUAUAAAAGGAAAGAAACCACGAGACAGUAGCCUUCCUUUUGUGUUUUAUCGUUUCCUGGCCUUGUUUUUCCCUAAGUUGAGGAUUGCAAGCUUGUAAUCUCUUUUAUUUCAGUUUAAUAUUAAGCUUUUCUGUUACAUUAA